AUGUCUGCCUCUCCCGUGUCAGUGUCCUCAUAAGAGGAAUAUAUGGUUGAAGCCAUCACCAACAAAAGAGUCAAGAAUGGUCGCACUGAAUAUGAAGUGAAAUGGCAAGGCUACUCUGAAAACGAGAAAACUUGGGAACCCAUCGAAAAUCUGCAAUCUGUCAUGACUUACGUGUUAGAUUUCGAAUAAUCACUCAAAACAAAACCCCAAGAGGUCGGGGAAGGUUCGUAUGAGGAAGGAGAUUCUGCAGACGAAAUCAUUUAAAUCAGAAAGGACAACGAUGGCCAAAAUCUGUUGUUUCAGGUGUCUUGGAAAUAGAAGAAUAGUCGAGCCCCCAAGGUAUCGUGGAUCAAUCAAAAUUCACUGAAAAUGCACAACCCAGAGAUUCUGAUUGAUUAUUUAUUGAAGAAAAUCAAGUGGCCAAACAAUAAAUGA